UUUUCCCUUUUAGGCAACUCUUUGUAUAGCUCCAUGUAGGGCAAACAACACCUUUUUAAACAAAAAAAAGGAAACACCAAAAACGUUGGACCCAAAAAAAAAAAGUAAUAAGAGUAUAUAACUGUAAAUCCAUGGCGGAAUCUGUAGAAUCCGUGAGCGUAUGCAUCCCUAUAGUAGAAGAACCAAAGAGUGACACAAACAAUUCCCCAACGGUCAAGAAAUCGACAGUGGGGCGUUCGAGGAAAGGGUGCAUGAGAGGUAAAGGGGGUCCAGAAAAUGCCUUGUGCACAUACAGAGGAGUAAGACAAAGGACAUGGGGCAAAUGGGUAGCGGAAAUAAGAGAACCAAAUCGCGGGGCCAGAAUAUGGUUGGGCACUUUCAACACAUCCCUCGAAGCAGCCAGGGCCUACGACGAUGCCGCGCGCCGUCUAUACGGUGCCGACGCGAAGCUCAAUCUCUCGGAAUCAUCUGAAGAAUCACCUCUCACAGACAAAGAAUUUAUUUCUCGACCGGAAACUUGCAUGGAAAAUAUAAUUGAGGGUGGGGAGUGUUCUGUGCUUGAGGAAGCAUCUAUAUUUAAAGAUGGGAACGGGGAGUAUUUGGUGUGGGAGACGCCAGUGCCUAGUUUGAUGGGUGAACAGGACCAUAAUAUCAUGAUGAGUGGUCUGGAUUUUCCUGGAGACAACACAGGUCUCAAUUGGAUUAAUUAACCAGAAAUUAUUAAUUACUAUAGUCCGAAUGAUUUUCUAUUCCGUAUGUAGAAUAGCGGUUUAAUAUUCUAUGAUCUGCUAGUACUUUCUUGUAGCUUUUGCCCCAGGUGUUUGGACACAGUUCCAUCUACUCUUAAGAGAGAGCCCUUGUUUAGUCUCAGUUUUCUUCUUCUCUCCUUUUAAAUUGUGGGGAGCAAAUGAAAAUUAAUGCAAUUUCUAGCUAGUAUAA